AUGUUUCCACUGCCCAUGUUCACCCCGGACCAAGUGGCCCGCGUCUGUGAGAACUUGGAGGAGACCGGGGACAUAGAGCGCUUGGGCCGGUUCUUGUGGUCUCUGCCCGCCGCCGUGCCAGGAUCCGCGGGGGAAGCCCUGAACCGACACGAGUCCGUGAUGAGAGCCCGAGCUCUGGUCGCUUUUCACGGAGGAAACUUCGAGGCGCUUUACCAGAUCCUCCAGAGCCACCGCUUUACGCACGAGUCCCACGCCAAACUCCAGGACCUGUGGCUGGACGCGCACUACCGGGAAGCGGAGAGGCUACGGGGAAGACCGCUGGGACCCGUGGAUAAGUACCGCAUCCGCAAGAAGUUCCCCCUGCCCAGAACCAUCUGGGACGGAGAGCAAAAGACGCAUUGCUUCAAGGAGCGCACUCGCAGUUUACUGAGAGAGUGGUAUCUCCAGGACCCUUACCCAAACCCGUCCAGAAAACGACAUCUGGCCCAAGCCACAGGACUCACCCCUACACAAGUUGGAAACUGGUUCAAAAACAGAAGGCAAAGAGAUCGGGCUGCCUCUGCUAAAAACAGACUACAACAGGACUCCUCACUGCUCCCAUCAGAAAGUUCUCCUGAAAACUCAGUACAAGAGCGCCAUCGUCUGGGCAGUCCAGAGAACAGCGACUCGAGCACAGGAGCUGACCACAGGGGUAAUGGGGCAUCCACUCCGGAGAUUUCAGUUAGCAGCGACAGCGAGUUUGAGUCGUAA